UGCCUCAUUCUUAACUUAAGGAAGGGUUUCCAUUGUGAAACCCUAGCCGCCACUAGGAGACUUCUCUCUCCUCGGUCAUGUAUGCUUGAAAAUGGCAAAGUUUCAGAGUGUGGCAGGUUUGCUCAGUCAUGGUAUGCCGAUUUUGGGCAAAGCAUUAAUUGUUUUGCCCUCUCUCCACCAUAUCGCAACCAAACAGGUUGUGAGGUUGAGAAGCAAAAGUGGUCUCCAAAGGUCCAUUCUCGAUGACGGGCUGCACUUCAAAAAGGUUUAUGUGAUUUAGAAGUGAUCGGAAGAAACCAAGCGAAAAUAAAGUCAAAAAGAGGCCAAAUUGGACAAAAACUGCACAGUUUUGCAAAACUGUCAAAAGUGGACAGUUUUGCAAACACGGGACAGAUUUGCAAAAAGGGGCAGAACUGCAAAAACGAAAAUCUGGGGCAUAUUUUGUCAUUUUUUGGACUUGGAAAAAUGGGGGAAACAUAAAAGGAAGACUUGGGGGAAAAUUUUAUCAUCUUUGGCAUAACACAUAAACUUGGAGGCUAGGGUUUCAUCACCAACACCAUUGGAGGAGAAGAUUGAAAGCACUUUAAUGAGAUAUUUCUUAAUCCUUUCUUCAAUUCCUUGUUUUGUGUUGAAUAUUUAUGUGUGUAGUAUUUCAUUUCAAUAUUUGAACCUUGUUUAUGGAAGUAUACAUUGUUUAAGUUUGGAUUGAAUCUCUUGUUUUGCUUAUGUGUUGAAUGAUUUUAUUCCUAAUGAAGUGGGUUAUUGUUUCUUUAAUUAAUCUCAUUUUGAAUGAUUCUUAAGGGAGUAGCUAACCCUAAGACUUGCCCAUUUAUUUCGAUUUAAAUUCGGAAGAGGAAAACUCGGAAUUGGGAAAGAUUAAUUAACAAGAAUUUGGGGUGUUAACCCUCAUCUAAUGGAAAUCGACCUAGGGAUAGGCGACACCACUUGUAGCCAUAUUCGGGUGUUCUUAAUGCUCCUAAUUGCUUUAGGGAUAUUAAAUUAGGUAGUCUAGCUAGUCUUCGGAAGAAGCUAAUUUAGAGUCAUUAUCCGAGGCUAAGUAAUAUAAACUCACCAUUAUUUGUAAAUCAUGAAGUACAUUGGAUCGUUACUUGAGCGUAGUUUCCCUUGUAUCCAUGCUUGUGGCCAUUGAUCAUUUUACUUGCUUUCUAGGUUAGUUUAUAUUUUUGCAUUAGUUAUACUUUUCUCCAAAAACUAAAAUAUUAUCUACUGUUUGGCAUAGCUAUUAUUGGUGAUAAUUCCUACUUUUCCUAAUCGCCUAUAUAUUGUUCUCUGUGGGAUUCGACCCCGACUCAUAGUUGGGUAAAUUAUAUUCGCAUACGACCGUGCUCAUUCUAAUUAAUAGGGUGGAUUUGAACGUUAUCAAAAAUGGCGCCGUUGCCGGGGAACAAUUUGGCGUAUUUGGGUUAGUUUAGGAUUUAAGCUAACUUGCUUUGGUCCAAACUUUCUUUGCUUUAUUUUAUCUUUAAAAAAAAAAAAACUGACCAGUUUGUGCUAAACUGCACAGUUUCUGCAGAACUGUCCAGUUUUUGCAAAACUGUCCAGUUUUUGCAAAACUGUCCAGUUUUUGCUUCUGCAAAACUGUCCAGUUUCUGAAGAACUGUCCGGUUUUUGCAGAACUGUCCAGUUUUUGCUUCUGCAGAACUGUCCAGUUUUUGCUUCUGCAAAACUGUCCAGUUUCUGCUUCUGCAGAACUGUCCAAAAAAAAAAAUGGCAUCAUAUAAUGAAAAUUGGUUGGAUGGUAGUUGUUCAUACUUUGAUGACCCUUUUCCCUAUUGUGGAGGACCCCACUCUUGGCAAAAUUGUUUAAAGUCUCUCGGGGGAGGAUUGUGCGCACAAUCUCGAACCCAUGAGUGGAGCAUAUGUGAUAGAUGUGGUGGUCAAAAUGACCAUUGGGCUAAUUGUGCUUAUGUGUCCUUCCCUUCCCCGAACCCCCACUAUGACGAUUCUACUUUUUGUUGUGACAAUGAUAGGGAAAUGGAAGUGGAAGAAGUUGAGAAUGGACAAAAUGGAGAGUUCAAGCUCAAGAUGGAAUGCCUACUUAAAGGAGGAAAUGAAAAGCAAAAAGCCUUGGAGGAAUACUUGGAAACUAGUCUCCAAAAUGGCUUGAUGAAUGAAUACAAAAACCUUCCGUGGGCAUUUGAACAAAAUCAAGAAGAAUUCUCAAAUGCUCAAUAUGAGGAGAGAAUGCCCAUGUUGGAGGCCAAUCGUGAAAAGGAGGAAUCAAGAAUUGAAAAUCCUCCAAACGAAUCCAUUUUCAUUAGAGAUGCCAAAGAAGAAAAGAAAUUGGAGUCAACCGUUGUCUUGAGAAAAAUGAUGGAAGUUGACUCUAGUUUGGGGGAAAAUGAGAAUGUCAAAAUCCGGAAAAAUUUGCAAAUUGGGAGGUUGAAGUCUCACUCCAAGCAUUUUUCAACAUUGGAUUUGUAUGGUGAUAUGGGAAUUGAGCCACAUACAUCCAUGUUGGAUGGUGAAGAAGAAAGACAAGUGUCUUACAUCUUGCAAUUCGAAAGAGUAAGAAGGCAAAAUGACAUUCCUCAUUUAAAAGCCAAGAAGUGCAAAAUGAAGAAAUUAACGUUUGGCUUGUUCAUCUACUUACCACCGCCCCAUGAGCGUCAUCAUGAUCUUGAUUCAAAGUUGGAGCGCAAAUUCAUAUCUUCCAAAUGGAAGGAAAAGUGGUAAAGGUUUAUGUGAUUUAGAAGUGAUCGGAAGAAACCAAGCGAAAAUAAAGUCAAAAAGAGGCCAAAUUGGACAAAAACUGCACAGUUUUGCAAAAAGGGACAGAUUUGCAAAAAACGGGCAGAACUGCAAAAACGAAAAUCUGGGGCAUAUUUUGUCAUUUUUUGGACUUGGAAAAAUGGGGGAAACAUAAAAGGAAGACUUGGGGGAAAACAUUAUCAUCUUUGGCAUAACAUAUAAACUUGGAGGCUAGGGUUUCAUCACCAACACCAUUAGAGGAGAAGAUUGGAAGCACUUUAAUGAGAUAUUUCUUAAUCCUUUCUUCAAUUCCUUGUUUUGUAUUGAAUAUUUAUGUGUGUAGUAUUUCAUUUCAAUAUUUGAACCUUGUUUAUGGAAGUAUACAUUGUUUAAGUUUGGAUUGAAUCUCUUGUUUUGCUUAUGUGUUGAAUGAUUUUAUUUCUAAUGAAGUGGGUUAUUGUUUCUUUAAUUAA